AAGCCAGAAGUUCAAAAUAUUUUAUUUAACUGAAUAAAAAUAAAAAUUUAUCAUUUCAUUUCGUGUUCAAAUUUCUUGAGAGUUGGUAAACCGAAAACAUUUUUUGAAAUGAGAUAUCCCGACGUAUCGAAUUUUUUGAAUCAUUGGUUCUUUAUUUUACCAUUUGCAGGAAACUGGAAUUAUGAAAAUCCAAAACUGUGGUCCUUGACAAAUCCCCAAUGUGGAGGAAAGCUUCAAUCACCGAUAGCACUGGACACAAGAAAUUCCUAUUUUCGAAAGAAUCUUCAAUUGGAGUUUUUUAACUAUCGAAAACCAUUAUCAGCACCUGUUGAAAUAAUUAACAAUGGCUACUCUGCUGAAGUAGGCCUUCGGGUUAAUGAAGAUGGCUCUACGCCAUUUCUGACUAUAGGUGAAUUUCCAGACUUCUUCGAAGUGCAAGCACUGCAUUUUCAUUGGGGUUCAGAUGGAAUUCAAGGAUCAGAACACAUCAUUAAUGGACAACGUUAUGAUAUUGAAAUGCAUAUUGUCCACAAGAAUUCAAAAUAUUCAACAGUUGAAGAGGCUAGAGAAUAUCCAGAUGGAUUUGUAGUGUUGGGAGUUUUAUUUCAAGGAGUACCUGAAAGUGAAGGUCACAGAACUUUAAAUGAAUUAUUCACAGCUUUGGGUUCAAUUAAAACAUACAAUGCCACAGCUGAACUGAGAGGACCAAUCACUAUGGAAUCUUUUAUUCCCAAUUUGAGCCCAAAUGAAUAUUUUACAUAUAGAGGAUCAUUAACAACCCCUCCAUGUUCAGAAGCUGUUAUAUGGUAUGUCUUUUCCGACAUUCUGCCGAUUUCUUAUAAGGACCUUGUUAAAUUUUGGAAUCUUGUUAAUGCCGAUGGAGAACCGAUUCUCAACAAUUUUAGACCUAUUCAACGGUCAAAUAGACCAAUUUACCGACAACAAAGCAGACUACAAUUCAAUACCAAGUGAUGUUUUAGAGAUGGUGUCAUAAAUUUAAAAUGUAUAAGUACAAUUUACCAACUAAGUUCGAAAUCACAAAUAAAAACAUGUUUUAAAUUA